GCUCGUAUCAAGUGCAAACUGUCAAUUUGGACUCUUUCAAGGAGGAGCUAUGCACAUGAGGAGCUCGAUUGACGAAUGAGGAUAUCUCUCGUUGUGGUGCUCGGCUUGAUUUUCACAACAGCGAUGGGAGGUUCAGGACAGCUACUUGGUGGCUACAAAAAGCACGAUGACCACAGCAAUGAUGCACGGGUUCAAGAAGCUGCAAAGUUUGCUGUGGACAAGUUGGGGGAGCAGAGAAAUGAGAAGCUGGACCUCAUCAAGGUCGUGAGUGCCCACACCCAGGUGGUGGCAGGCACAAACUACAAACUCCUGUUGGACAUUGCAAAUUCCGACAACAAGAUGGAGUGCGUUGAGGCAACAGUCUAUGCACCCCUGGGCAACCAGGAGAAGCAGCUCACCUCAACCAGGAAACCCACGCCUGAUCAGAUCGAGCAGCAGACUGAGGCCACAUCAGAGAGGAAGAACGGCGGGCUGCUGGGCGGCUACAAGGAAGUCAGCACAGAUGACGAAGAGGUCCUUGACGCGGCCAACUUUGCUGCUGAGCAGCUCUCCCAGCGCUCCAACUCCCUCUACCCCUUCAAGGUCAAGGAGGUCCUUCAGGCCAAGACGAAGGUUGCCAAUGGCCGCGUGUUUGACCUGGCCAUCAAGCUGUCUCAGGGAGACCUCUCCGACCAGAUCAUGAAGGUCGAGGUGUCCCGGGACCUGAAGAACACCUACCUGCUGACCAGCUCAUCCCCAGCAACCUCCUAGAUGGAUCUGCAGCUGUGGACGAGGCAGACAUGUCUGUACAGCUUGAGAGAGUUGUGCACUGAAACGUUCCUGCAGCGGGUAUGUGUUGAUAUCAUCGAUGGACAGUGGCUUUGACGGUCUGAUUGUGGACACGACUUGCCCCAGUCCUUGUAGCUCCCCCACAUGUGUACAUGGUGCGAGGCCGUAGAUGUACUUACUCGCAAGCUUAGAUCUAGAAGUUCCCGCACUGACUGAGCAUCCAGCAUUUAAAGAUGCUUUUCUGUGGCAAGAGUUGGUCUGGUAUGGGGAUCAGGGCUGUUUAGGCUAGUGCUGUUCAGUUUUGCAGAAAUCUGCUCUGCGCUUACAAUGCAAAUGAAGGCAUGUAAAUUGAAUAGAUCAUAGCUCAUGAUUGCUAGCACAAGCGCUUGUGUGGCCUCCGCGGAGAAUUAAGGGAUUGCCAUGACGGACAUGUACAUUCAUCAUAAUGUCUUCCAAGCCUAGGCCUGUUACAUAUUGUGAAUU